AGAGAGGAAGAAAGGAAAAGAAAGAGAGGAAGAAGAGGAAAUGAGGAAACGGAAGAGAAGUGGUGAUAUAUAUAAGACUUAUACGGACCGAAAUCGGUCCGUAUAAUCCUCAUUGGCGCGCCGCACCAAAAAUUUUCAAUUUUUUCAGAAAAAUUUCAAUUUUUUCAGAAAAAUUUCAAUUUUUUCUGAAAAAUUUCAAUUUAUUCGGGAAAAUUUUUGGCGCAUUAAUCAUAUUCAAACCGAAAUCGGUCUGAAUAUAAAUAAAUUAGCGCAGAAUCAAUAAGAUUCAAAUUAACGGUAAAAAUUUGGCGCAUAAAUUAAUUACGGACUGAUUUCGGUCCGAAUAUAUUCGUAAAAAAUCUUCCAGUGCACAUUUUUAUUCUUUUCAUUUAAGGACAUUACCAUCUUCUCGUGUUCUAAAUUCAUUCCUGCGAAAACCAAUUGCAUGUACAUCGACCCUACAGUCCCUCGGAAUCACAAAACCAUCGAUUGUCUAACUGAAAUUAUCUUUCGAUACUACGGAGUAAUAUCAUUGCAAAACCACGAACACCGAUAUUGGUCCGAAUAUAGUACAAAAAAUCCAGAAACUUCUUCCAGUGCACAUUUUUAUUCUUUUCAGUUAAGGACAUUACCAUCUUCUCGUGUUCUAAAUCCAUUCCUGCGAAAACCAAUUGCAUGUACAUCGACCCUACAGUCCCUUGGAACCACAAAACCAUCGAUUGUCAAGCUGAAAUUAUCUUACGAUAUUACGGAGUAAUAUCGUUGCAAAACCACGAACGUAUAAAUUAAAGGUUAUUAGAGAUAAUGUUACGUAAUGCUCUUUCGGAGUAAUAAGCAAAUAAAAUUCAUUUUUUUUC